UGGAGCAGUGCAGACAGGCAUCUGGACAUUUCAUAUCUAGAUUCACUCAGCAGGAAUGACUCUUCAACCUACAAGCAUCCCAGACUUCAGCACCACAGCUAUAUAUGGGCACCAAAACAACACCAAUGACAGUCAUUGUCCCAAUGAAGAUGACUGGGAUUGGCUCUACAGCAUGCAGCCAGUGUAUAUGCUGCUCAUCACUGUGCUAGGAGUCAUAUUUAAUAUGUUUGUCCUGAUGGUUUUCUGCCUCCACAAGAAGCCCUGCACCGUGGCUGAGAUCUACUUGAGCAACUUGGCUGCUGCUGACCUUGUCCUGGUAUCUUGUCUGCCCUUUUGGGCUGUCAGUGUGUACAACGGUUUUAACUGGCCCUUCGGACAGUUCCUGUGCAAAGUCGUCAAUGUGGGCAUCAACAUGAAUGCCUACUGCAGCAUAUAUUUCCUUGUUUUGGUUAGCAUAGAUCGUUAUGUGGCACUGGUGCAUACGAUGUCCCAUGGAAGAAUGCGCAGGCCGAAAUAUGCCAAACUGGGCUGUCUGCUGGUAUGGAGCUUCGGCUUACUCCUCAGUGUCCCCGCACUCAUUUUCAGGGUAGUAAAACAUAUACCUGAGUAUAAAGCUCAUGCAUGCAUGCUGCAAUACCCAAACCACACUGUAGAGCUGCUCUAUGAUGGGAUGUUGAUCGUUUUAAGUUUUAUCAUCCCCUUUUCAAUUAUUUCAUUCUGCACUGUCAAGAUUAUUCAGGCUUUGAAGAACCAGACAGUAGAGAGGUUCAAUGCUGUGAGAACAGAGCAGAAGGCUACCAUUCUAGUGUUGGUCGUCCUCCUAGCCUUCCUGAUAUGCUGGGUGCCUUUUCAUGUGGUCACCAUACUGGACGUUAUAAUGAGAGCUGAUGUCCUGAGAGGGUGUCACCUCACCGCAGCCCUAGAAAUCUGCAACCAGGUCUUCACUUACUUAGCCUUCCUCAACAGCGCUCUUAACCCAAUCCUGUACGUCAUUGUGGGGAAGAACUUCCGGAAAAAAGUCCAGGAACUCUUCAAGCAGUGGGUGAUUAAGAGAAGAGCAACCACUGAGUCCACACGUUCAAACCUUUCUUCAACACUGAAGACUAUGGUAUAAAAUACUGCUGUCAAAAGCACU